CUAUCUAUUCUACCCGCCUUUCCAUCUGCCUCCCUAUUUUUCUUCAUGAGCUCAACAGGCACGGGAGUCGACUUGCAUCCGAAUCUCUACGGAUAUGUGCCUACGAAGAGCGUGUGCGCUACAUUCGUCGUCCUCUUUGGUGUCUCAACCGUCCUUCAUACUUGGCAAGCUUAUCGCUCCCGAGAGUGGUGGCUGGUGUGGACGGUCCUGAUCGCUGGGGUAGCGGAAGUCGGGGGAUGGGUUGCGCGCACACUGUCGGCGAAUGAUCCCACCUCGUUGAUCCCGUUCAUCGUCCAGGCGAUCGUCCUCGUUCUUGCCCCCACCCCCCUGGUCGCGGCGCUGUUCAUGGGAUUUGGCCGUGUAGCAGAGAGACUUGGACCGGAGUAUAGUCGCUUGAGCCCUAGAAUGUACUCCCGCAUAUUUCUCACAUGCGAUUUAAUAGCACUGAAUAUCCAAGGCGGCGGAGGCGGACUCACCGCCAACCCCAAACUAUCCCCGUCUAUAGUACGGAUAGGCAGCUACAUCGUUCUGGGCGGUCUCAUCUUCCAGCUUAUCGCGAUGUCGAUCUUCAUACACUUGGUGGCCGAGUAUGUAUGGCGUCGCGCGGCCGACUGUCCGUUCAGGAAGCCGGGGACACCGGGUAACGAAGAGGACGCCCACCGCGUGCUCACCCGCGAGAUGAAGCUGCUCAUCACCGGCAUCUGCAUCAGCACCGUAUUCGUGUACCUCCGGUCUGUGUAUCGGGUCAUCGAAUUCGCCAACGGUUCCAACGGACCUAUCAUACACACCCAGGUUCUGUUCAACGUCUUCGACGGCGCGAUGAUCACGCUCGGCAUGUUCGCCCUCAACUUCAUGCACCCCGGCAUGCUUUUGAAGUCGACAGCGGCGGACGCAGGAUUCGAGUUGACAGAGCAGCCACCUCAUGCGGUGGCGACCUGAUUAACCAUCGACCCUGGUCGGCGGCGGCGGCGGUUGCAUCAACGCGGACUUAGAGUUUUCGGGGCCGCGGUGACGGCUCACCUCAGGCUGGUUGCGCGGCGUCGCAGCUGAGCAAGCCCGCAGAAUGUGGAGACGGAUGAAUCGGAUGGACAAUUUUUGUGUCGUGUUUCCCCUGUUUUGUUCGUUUUCAAUACUUGCUCUGAUGCUCCGAAUUUGCUGCGACAUUCCUUCAGAUCCCAGUGGACGCCCAGC